UCCAUGUCAAUUAUCCCAACAUCAACUGUAACUGUUCAGUGCAAAGAAGAUGACUGUAACUGUUUUGGAGCUCCUUGUGUAUUCAAUGACACAUUUGGAAGAUGUAUAUGCAACUGCUUGGAUUUCACCUUUGGAGAUACAUGUAUCUUCGGGAACAACGAAAUCACCGCUGCAUUGGAUAUUAAAUCAGUGCCCACCAGAAGGCUGAACAUCUCUUUGAGAAUUGACAUAGAAUUUCAUCCUGCUUACAGUGAUCUACACUCCACAGAAUCUUUUUCAUUCAUCAAUGCAUUGAUCAAAGAGCUAAUGGUUCUCUGCAUGAAAGCAGAUCCACAAAACUUUAAGAAUGUAGAAGUCAUCAAUCUCAGAAGAGGAAGUGUCAUUGCGGACACUGAAGUUCAAUACAACUAUCCCAACAAUGACUCUCAAAUACAUUUUCUAAACACUGGAUUGAAAUCCACGUUGCUAAAUAUCCUAAAUAACACAAAUAACUUGAAUAACAUUAGUCAAGCCUUUGGGAAUGUGAGCGUGGAAGUGAGGAAUAUCGCCUUACAGCCAACAGAAAUUAUGAAUAUCACAGAUCUUAGGCCAUACAUCACCUGCCAUGAGAAAUUUGCCAACUACACUCCAGAAGUCUCUGAUGGCUCUUGGAAGUGUCAUGGUCCUUGUUUGAGAAACCCUAAUUACUGUAAUGGACAUGGACAAUGCCUCAACAAUAUACAAACGGGACCAAUCUGUCGGUGCUAUGAGUCUGGAGUGGAGCAAUACACUGGACCUCAGUGUGAAAUGUUCCACUGGGGCCCAGGGUUCUAUGGUGUUGUCUUUGGAUCACUGUCGGCAGCUCUUCUCCUCAUGGUCGUAGUCAUUGUGGUCAUUGUUCUUCGCACGAGGCAUCAAGGAAUAUGGUCCGUUAUGUUAAAAUAA